AUGGCGGACCGGAUACUGAACGAGGUGGUUGUGGAUAAGCCAUCUGUGACUUGGGCAGAUGUCGUUGGACUGGACGGAGCAAAGCGGGCUUUGCAAGAGAUUGUCAUAUUACCUACCCUGCGACCGGAGCUCUUCACGGGUUUGCGGGCUCCUGCGAAAGGGGUACUGCUAUUCGGGCCACCUGGUACGGGAAAGACGAUGCUGGCAAAAGCUGUAGCCUACGAGUCCAAAGCGACAUUCUUCUCCAUCAGCGCAUCAACUCUCACAUCCAAAUUCGUUGGCGAAGGGGAAAAGAUGGUGCGUUGCCUCUUCCAAAUAGCUCGGCAGUUGCAACCCGCCGUCAUUUUCAUCGACGAAAUCGACUCAAUCCUAACCGAACGCAGAGAAUCCGAACACGAAGCCUCGCGCCGCCUCAAAACCGAAUUCCUCCUCCAAUUCGACGGUUUAGGCACCAACGCCGACGACCGGCUACUCGUCCUCGCCGCAACGAACCGGCCGCAGGAGCUGGACGAAGCGGCGUUACGACGACUUGUGAAGCGGAUAUAUAUACCGUUACCGGAGAUUGAGACGAGAGGCGCCCUGUUUGAGGCGUUGUUGAGGGAUCAUCGGCAUGCGUUGUCGAGGGCGGAUUUGGGGAAGUUGUUGAGGGCGACGGAAGGGUAUUCCGGAAGCGAUAUCACAGCGCUUGCACGAGAAGCCUCCCUCGGCCCCAUCCGCGAGCUCGGCGCAAAGCUAAUGUCCACAAAAGCCGAGGAUAUCCGACCCAUACAGCUGAAAGACUUUAUCGCGGCACUGCGCACGAUCCGACCCUCCGUGUCGCCUGCGAGCAUUGCGCAGUUUGAGGAGUGGAAUCGGAGUAUGGGGACUCAUGGGUCGUGA